GUGCCCUUCAGGUCGUAGAUAUGGCGGCUUCCGGAGGCAGCGGAGGGAAAGCGACAGAGCUGCUGAGAUGUUUGCCGCGGGUUACUCUUGCCAACCUGAGACCGAACCCUGGCGCCAGGCACAGAGAAAAAAGACGAGGCCGCGGUAUCCACGGUGGUAGAAAAAGUGGCCGAGGGCACAAAGGAGAGACCCAGAGAGGAAAUCAGCCACGUUUAGGCUUUGAAGGUGGCCAAACUCCUUUUUAUCUAGUUAUACCUAAAUAUGGCUACAAUGAAGGACAUAGCUUCCGGCGACAAUACCAGCCUCUUAGCCUCAAUCGUCUCCAGUACCUCAUUGAUCUGGGUCGAAUAGACCCCACUCAACCCAUUGACUUAACACAGCUUGUCAACGCCAGGGGAGUUACAAUACAGCCACUCAAAAGGGAUUAUGGUGUACAACUUGUUGAAGAGGGUGCGGACAUAUUUGCAGCUAAAGUUAACAUUGAAGUCCAGUGGGCCUCACAGCUGGCCAUCGCAGCAAUAGAGAAAAAUGGCGGUGUGAUAACAACUGGUUUCUAUGAUCCACGCAGUCUUGAUGUUUUAUGCAAACCAGUCCCUUUUUUUAUGCGUGGCCAACCUAUCCCAAAACGUAUGCUCCCCCCUGAGGAUCUAGUAAAGUAUUACACCGAUGCUGAAAACCGUGGAUAUCUGGCUGAUCCAAGAAACGUAUUGGAAGCUAGAAAGCAGUUGGCAAGGAAAUAUGGGUAUGUUCUACCAGACAUUACCAAAGAUGAACUGUACCAGAUGCUGAGUACCCGCAAGGAUCCCCGACAGAUAUUUUUUGGGCUUGCCCCUGGCUGGAUAGUGAACAUGCCUGAAAAGAAGAUCCUAAAGCCGACAGAUGAGCGAUUACUUUCAUAUUAUAGCUCAUGAUCAAUGGCACUAAACAUUUAGUAAUAGGUUUGCUCAAAAGAUGACAGUUCUUGCAUGUAAUAGUCUUGUUUCUGCAGGAUCUAUAAAAAGCAUUUGUCAUUCCAUACUUUUGUGAUUAAAAUAAACAUUAUACGUAUGACAUA